UCCUUCUUCAAGCUCUGCUCUGUUCUGCUCUGCUCUGCUCUGCCCAAUGUCAAUUUAAUGCUUUCCCAACAAACCCAAGAUCUCUCUUUAUAGAUCAAUCAGGAAGCUCCAUUAUUCAUACCCAACAAUGGCUGCUUCUCACGUUUCAAUUUCAUUCCUCAUUCUAACGCUUACCCUGAUCUCAAUCACCGCCGUUUCAGCCAAAAUCUCCGCCGUCAUUGUUUUCGGCGACUCCUCCGUUGAUUCCGGCAACAACAAUGUCAUAUCAACUCUCCUUAAAAGCAAUUUCAAGCCCUACGGUCGAGACUUCUUCGGAGGAAAACCCACCGGUCGUUUCUCAAACGGGAGAAUCCCACCGGAUUUUAUAUCGGAAGCCUAUGGUCUCCGACCGUUUGUCCCGGCGUAUCUCGACUCCACGUAUAACAUCUCCGAUUUCGCCACCGGCGUUUGCUUUGCUUCCGCCGGAACAGGCUAUGAUAACGCAACUUCUGACGUCCUGUCUGUGAUACCUCUUUGGAAAGAGAUUGAAUACUAUAAAGAAUACCAGCAAAAGCUUCGUGUACAUUUGGGUGAUCGGAAAGCCAACCAGAUAAUCUCCGACGCCCUUUACCUUAUAAGUAUAGGCACGAAUGAUUUCCUUGAGAACUAUUACCUUCUUCCAAAACGCCGUUCUGAGUACGAUGAAGAUCAGUACCAGGAUUUCUUGGUUGGGAUCGCUCACGAGUUUGUGAAAACGCUCUACAAACUCGGUGCCCGGAAAAUCUCCGUCGGAGGUCUCCCUCCGAUGGGUUGUCUGCCGCUGGAGAGAACGACCGCCGUCCUUAGAGGCGAAGGUGACGGCUGCAUAGAAAGUUAUAAUAAGGUGGCAAUGAGUUUCAAUUCGAAAUUGGGUGGUUUGGUUUCCAAUUUGAAAAAGGAACUUUCUGGUGUUCAAAUGGUCUUCUCCAAUCCAUAUUUCAUCGUGAUGCAGAUGGUCAAGAAACCUUCAAUCUAUGGAUUUGAGACGGUUUCAGUGGCUUGCUGUUCAACGGGACUGUUUGAGAUGAGUUAUCUUUGCGAUGAACUCAACCCAUUUACUUGUUCAGAUGCUAACAAGUUUAUCUUCUGGGAUUCCUUCCAUCCAACGGAUAAGACCAAUCGUAUCAUUACUGAUCAUUUACUUAAACGUGUCUUAAACAAAAUUUCUUAAAAUUUAUCAUAUAUCUAGACUCAAUUUUCAUUUUAAUUAAUAGAUAAUUACCCAUCUUUGUGUCUCCAUGGACCAUAUCAUAUGUUAUAUGAUCAAUCAUCAAGCUUUUCAAUAGUAGUACUACUAAUUUGAUGUUUUACUUUUA